UCCAAUCAGUUGGCGGAGACGUGUCUCGCAGUCAGAGCAUCCUUCAGCCAUGGCGUCUCUUUGGGCUAAAUCCUCCAUCAACCUGCCGGUCUUGUCUGUUUUCUUCCUCCUGCUGCUAUGUCUGCCGCCCGGGGGAGGACAAAAGAAGAAGGAGAAUCUGCUGUCAGAGAAGGUUGACCAGAUGAUGGAGUGGUCCUCUCGCCGUUCUGUCGUCCGGAUGAACGGGGACAAGUUCCGUCGCUUCGUCAAGACCCCGCCUAGGAACUACUCUGUCAUCGUCAUGUUCACCGCCCUGCAGCCUCAAAGGCAGUGUUCUGUUUGCAGGCAGGCGAAUGAGGAGUACCAGGUCCUGGCAAACUCGUGGCGUUACUCAUCGGCAUUUUCCAACAAGCUCUUCUUCACGGUAGUGGACUACGACGAGGGAGCUGAUGUUUUCCAACAGUUGAACAUGAACAGCGCUCCGACCUUCAUGCAUUUCCCGGCUAAGGGAAAGCCCAAGAGAGCUGAUACGUUUGACCUGCAAAGGAUUGGCUUCGCCUCAGAGCAGCUGGCCAAGUGGAUUGCAGACCGCACAGAUGUUCAGAUCCGUGUCUUCCGUCCUCCUAAUUAUUCAGGCACUAUUGCUUUGGCUCUGUUAGUGUCGCUGGUUGGAGGUCUGCUGUAUCUGAGGAGGAACAACUUGGAAUUCAUAUACAACAAGACGGGAUGGGCUAUGGCUGCACUGUGUGUAGUUUUUGCCAUGACAUCCGGUCAGAUGUGGAAUCACAUCAGAGGUCCUCCCUACGCCCACAAGAACCCCCAGAAUGGACAAGUGAGUUAUAUUCAUGGCAGCAGUCAGGCUCAGUUUGUGGCCGAGUCUCACAUCAUCCUUCUUCUGAAUGCUGCAAUCACCAUGGGGAUGGUGCUGCUAAAUGAGGCUGCCACCUCCAAGGGAGACGUUGGAAAGAGGAGAAUCAUCUGCCUGGUUGGCCUUGGCCUGGUGGUGUUUUUCUUCAGCUUCCUGCUCUCCAUUUUCAGGUCCAAGUACCACGGAUACCCCUACAGCUUCCUUAUUAAGUGAAAAAAGACAGAAGAGGAGGUCAGAGGAUGGCGAAGAGGCGGUAGGUGAGGAGAAGAGGAGUCGAGAAGAUACUUGAAGAGGAGGACUCAAUAGACUCAAUAUUGAGUCUAGAGUGCAUGGCGGGAUUUCUUUUAUGUGUGUUGUUUUUUUUUAUCGGCUCCUAUCAUAAACUAGUUGAAUAGAAACUAAAUUAUUCCCUCUUACACUGGAAAAUAAAGGUGUUUGGCAUGUC